GAGGCCGGCCUCGCCUCACCCGCCCGCCCGCCCCCGCCGAUCCGUCCACCCAAUAAAGCGCCUGUACAGAUCCAACCUUGCGGAUCCGGAUCGCCCUGCCCCCGCGCCAAUCGGCGCGAUUUGAUUUGAUUUGAUUUUUCUCCUAUUUUUUCCCGAAUUUGUUGGUGGUUUUUUUCUCUCUUCGAUCGGAGAACUAGGGUUUGGGCGCGCGGGGGGCAGCGCAUUUCAAGGCCAUUGUCGCCGGGGUAGGAGUCGACUCGACGGGCUUGGGGGAAGGGAAGCGAAGCGAGGCGAUGGAGAAGAAGAAGGUGGCGGUCCCGCUGGUGUGCCACGGCCACUCGCGGCCCGUGGUAGACCUGUUCUACAGCCCCGUCACGCCCGACGGUUACUUCCUCAUCAGCGCGAGCAAGGACACAAAUCCAAUGCUUCGUAAUGGUGAGACUGGUGACUGGAUUGGGACUUUUCAAGGUCAUAAGGGUGCUGUUUGGAGCUGUUGUCUUGACAGAAACGCUCUGCUUGCUGCAUCUGCUUCAGCUGACUUUUCAGCUAAAGUAUGGGAUGCACUAACUGGUGAUGAGCUACAUUCAUUUGAACACAAGCAUAUAGUCCGGGCCUGUGCCUAUUCUGAGGAUACCCACCUGUUACUCACUGGAGGCAUGGAAAAGAUUUUGCGUGUGUAUGAUAUGAAUCGUCCUGAUGCAGCUCCAAGAGAGCUUGACAAAUCACCUGGUUCUGUCCGAACUGUUGCUUGGCUUCAUAGUGACCAAACAAUAUUAAGUUCCUGCACUGAUAUGGGUGGAGUAAGGCUAUGGGAUGUGAGGAGUGAAAAAAUUGUCCAAACUCUUGAAACCAAGGCACCUGUCACUAGUGCAGAAGUAAGCCAUGAUGGCAGGUUCAUCACUACUGCUGAUGGCUCAAGUGUAAAAUUUUGGGAUGCGAAUCACUUUGGGCUUGUUAAAAGUUAUGAAAUGCCAUGCACUGUGGAGUCAGCUUCACUUGAACCAAAGUCUGGGAGCAAAUUUGUCGCUGGAGGAGAAGAUCUGUGGGUUCAUGUAUUUGAUUUCUUCACUGGUGAAGAAAUAGCUUGUAACAAAGGGCAUCAUGGUCCAGUCCACUGUGUCCGGUUUGCACCUGGUGGUGAAUCAUAUGCAUCAGGAUCGGAAGAUGGCACCAUCCGGAUCUGGCAGCUGAACCCGGCUAAUGCUGAUGAUAUUGAGGUGCCCAUUGCAAAUGGCAAGGCGAAUGUUGGGGUAGACGAGGUCGCACAGAAGAUUGAAGGAUUCCACAUCCCCAAGGAGGGGCAGACCGAGGGGUAGGAUUGCAUCUUUGUCGUGCUUAGCGGCGUUAGUGCAUAUUGGAAGAUGAUUGCCAUCAGAGCCGUGCUCAUUCAGUUUCUCCCUUGAUCUUCAAUGCCUGUUUGCAAUCCAAGGGUGGCCUGGCUUCUCAGCACUGGGGAAAAAACAUAUCCCUCGUGAGCAUAUGGUGGUGGGUUUUUGUAUGGGACUCUCGCUUUGAUAGACACUAUAAACAUAGCAUCUGUAGUGUCAAAAUAAACCAUGGGGAAAUGCAAGUUGGGUAGUUUAGAUACCAUGUCUGCGUUCACAAAAGUGAAGUAUUUGUAUCGCCGCUGGUAACCCUGAUUCAAUUGUCAUUGUGUUGAGUGUUGACCCCA